AUGGCUGCUGUGGAGGUGAAGACAGAAUGGGAUGCCAAGGCUGGUCAUCCCGAUGCUAGUGCUCCGGCUUCGCAAGCAGAUGCUGCAGCAGUGCCCGGGCCGUCCCCGGCCAUGGCAUAUACGAUCAAGGACAAGAUCGAGCUUGCUUUCUUGGAGGCCGCCAAAGAGGCCCACAUUGGUGACAUGAUGGCGCGUUGGUUCCCGCACUCGCAGGAGGGCCAAACUGAAUUUGCCAAGGUCAUGCUGCAUUAUGUGGGCCUUCCGGAUGUGGCCAAGCAUGUGCAGUCCCACCGGGCGAUCAACCACGUUCCUACAGACUCCAAGACGGACUUUUGGCUGAAUCCCUGGAUGAUCGAUUACUCGCGCCAGUGUAAGUAUGGCCAGAGCUGCAAGUACCCGGACAUGUGCACACUACGUGUUCACUUUGUUUCGAUCCUCACCGCUGGCUUCGAAGCUUCGAGGGAGCCUCUGGACGUGAGGUUUCUUGCGGAGAAAGGGACCAUGCCCUUCGUGGACGGCAUCGAGAUUUUCAGUGUGAAACUGGUCGAUGGCUUUACGAAAAGCCUGUGUGUCCAGGCGAUCUUUGCGCUGAUGCACAAGCUGGAGGUGACACCGGAGGACUUGGCCGGGGACGAGAGCAUGGCAACGUGUGUGGCCUCGCUGAAGUAUCUUAAGGGCAACUUCAAGAGGCACGAUCGCGAGGAAGAGUACUUGUACGAUGCUCUUGCGCUCACCCAGCGGACGGGAGAGAAACAGCAGGCGAGUCCGAUGGAGUUGGUCAGUGUGUUCAGCGAGGCGAUUCGUUUGAAGAAGAGGUCCCUCGGAGCCAAAUCGACUCGUGACCUUCUCAACCUCUGCGUCCAGGAUUACAAUAAGGGGCAGAAGAUCAAGCAGGAGACUGUGAAGAUCAUCUACAACGUUGUCCGAUGCCCCUUGGUCUUCAAAGAAAGUUUGAUGACCAUGUACAGCGACUACCGGCACUUCAAUGCAGCUCUGACGUUGGACAACCUUGCUGGCGAUUUCUACGUCCCUGGGACCAACCUCGCGAAGACUGACAAGGGGAGAUGGCCAGAGAUCCUGGAGGUCACCGAGACUGCCACGAUCACUUGGGUGAAGCGGAAAUCAGCGCAGCUGGGCAAUGAUCAGCUGAAAGAGCUGAUGGAGAUGUGCUGUUUGUGGGAGUGGCUGACUCCGAUGAUGCAGCGAACCUUGGGCAGUGGCAGCCAGAAGCUGCUGGAUGCCUGGGAGAUGGGGACCCUGGAUAUGGAACUUCGUGGAGCUCUGAGAGUUCGGGAUCCAGCGUGGAACCCGGAGAAGAUGGGAUUCUUCUUGGAAGCUCGGGGAAACAUGCAACAUCAGUUCAUGGAGAAAGGGCAGGCAACUGUUCAGAAUGCUUUGCGUGUGGCAGAGAAGUCAGCCUUUGACUUGUUCCUGAGCCAGCUGCAGCAAGACCAGAGCUUCUUUCGAGCGGAACUUCUGAGAACAUCCGGUGACUCGGAAAGGAAGCGCCAGGCUGCAGUUUCAAUGUUGGAGUCGGCCUGGACACACGUGCGGCGAUUUGGUGAUGAUGCUUUCCCGGUGUUCAACUUGACGCCGAAGAAGCGGCAAGGCUGUGAACGUGAUUUCGAAAGCCCGCCAAUGGAGCCACUUGUGAAACCAUGGUUGGCAGAGGCUUUGGCAGGCCUCCAGGGUGGGGUGCGUUCGGCAUCCUCGGAGAUGAUCGUCUACGUUGCCAAUUUGGUGGCGCAGGGAGUGGUGAGCUCCGCGAAGCAGACUUUUCUCGUGCAGUCACUACAGAAUGCCGCUGCCCAUCAUCCGAACAGCUUUGUGGGAGUGGUCAUUUUGCCAAACCGGGCAUGUGAUGAGAGCUACCUGGGCAGGAAGGAUGAAGACGUGAAGGAGGAGACCCAGGAGGCCGAGGAAGGGGAGGAUGAUGAACCCGAAAAGGCCAUCGAUGUGGAGGCCGCGACGUCCCUUCGCGACUUCAAGUACCAGCUGCAGGUCUUGUUGCAGGAGCCGGCAAGGCAGCUGUCGGUGCGAAGCUUGACACUCAUCUUCGAUGAGGCGAGCGUCUACGGGCAAAGAGCUGCGUUCCACGAGGCGUGGCUGAUCACGAGUUCAUCUUCGACUGCCAUGCCCCGCAAGAGCUUGUUCAAGCGUCUCAUCGUGGACAAGAUUCCGAUGUUGCCGCGCAGUGUUGUUUGCCUGCAUUUUGACAUGCUGAAAGUGGAGGUGGGCCGCAAGAUUUCUGCAGACACGGACCGCUUGUCCCGCACGCAGGAGCUCCGCCAGCACCUUGGUGGAACGGGGGUGAUCAAGAAGAUUUUGGCGAGCCUGGAGGUUGCCAAAAGCAAGACUGUGGUGGUCGACUUGUUCGCGCACGAUGGUAUCAUCCCGGAUUGGACAGUUCAUCUAGAGUCUGUAAGAUUUGGACAGGAGGUGCUCCUUCAUGACUUCUUUGGCCGGGCCAAGACGAAGCAGCUGAACAUUGCAGGCUUCCCCGAUUUCACCGCGGCCUUGGCCGACUUGGGCAAAGUGCACACGGACAGCUCACGGCCGGACUACGAGUACCUCGUGACCAUGCCUGUGGGUGGUGACCUGAUCGUGCUUGAGGCUUUGAUGUCCAAGUUCGAGAACUCGGCCUUUGCGGGUGAGUUUUCGGGCGUCUUGAAAAAGCACGACGAGGAGUUCAACAAGCAGCGCAAGAAGGCCACCCUGGCAGAUGCCCGGUCUGAGCUGGAGAACGUUCGAAAGAAGCGCGAGGCCAACACGCCCAGGAAGCUCGAAAAGGCUUACGAUGACAUGACCGCUUUCCGUGAGGACCACAAGCGGCUUCUUGAUAGAUUUGCAGUGGACGGAAACUCGACUUCUGAGUCGGACGAAUCCGGUUCUGCUGCUUCUGGUUCAGAUUACGAAUCCAGCUCCUCGUCCUAUGAUGGAGAAUCCGGCUCUUCCUACUCCAAUGGUGGGUCACGCUCAGAAUCCAGCGAUGGCGGGUCAGAGUCCAGCGAGCCAAGGAUUGCAAGUUUUUCCAUGAACCAGAUCUUGUUCGGCGAGGAAGACUCUGGCUCCGAGGAUGCUUACCAGUGCAAUGGUAAGUCGGAGAAGCGUGUUCGGAGGGCUUUGCAGUCUCGGUGCUGCCGCCGGCAGUGCAAGCGCAGGCUUGGGUUCAGAUCGAUCAUGGCCUUGGUGUCUGCGUUCUGGUCGCUGACGAAGUCUGGGCAGGACUCGCUGCUUUGGAGCCUUCAACAUCCAAUUUGGACACCUCCGGAUGAAUCUGAGGAAGAUGAGAGCUUCAGUGGCAGUGGCAGUGAUGGUAGCUCUGCGAGUGCAUCAUCAAAGUCCGUCAGAAAAGCCACAAAGUCUGCAGAGCUGCAUUCGUCAAGAUCCUGGGUAUUUCGGCAAGCCGACUUGUUCGAUGCCGCUCUGCAUUUCGGGGACAGGCUGAAAAUCAAAGAGGGGCUGACUGGCGACAUGCUGUCCACAGAUAAGUACCAAGCUGACAUUCUCAGAUGCAUGCUGGAUGUGGCAUUGCAGGUACUCACACACCGAGACAUUUUGCUGGGAAUCGUGGAUGGCAUGGACCGUGCAAAGUACGCCCUACCUCGCUGGCACAAUCUGAGAACGCCAAAAGGGGCGGACAAGAGGGUGCGCCCGUCGCUUGAUGUGUAUGCUGUUAUCCUGCACGGGCGAUCCGUGAACAUCUUCAUAACUGAUGAGAACCAAACCACCGGUGCCGACUGGGCCAUGGAGAUUUGGACGAGAGCUGUUCAGAGAGAGUGGACCAAGUCACAGCAGACUGGCCAGCCUUUUCCGGGUGUUUUCAGCCAUGACUGCCGCCUCUAUUUUUACAUCAUGCAGCUUGAAGCACCUACCCGUCGGGCAUACGCACGAGGAUGUGGGCAAUGCCCUGAGGAUGUGGUGAAAUUCCUGAAGAAGAAGCUGCAGCGUCUGUUUGAAGACCGGCCCGAAGACAUUCAUGUUGAGCAUGUUACGAACAUCCGUUUGCCUCAGGCUUUGCUUCGUGAUGUCAAAGAGAACCUACCUCGAAGAUAUCCCAAGAACGACGCGGAUGUCUUCUGCUAUGUGAAGCGAUACAUCAGUGACAUGGAUGUCAGUCAAAAGGCUUUGGUAGUCUUUCCGGGCCUUCCACGUGGCUUGGAGCAGCCGAAGAUAGAUGAGUUCUCUGAUCUGGCAGAAUGGUUGGAGAAGCGUUAUCCCCGACGACUGCAGUCGUCAAUGGCUGCUGUGGAGGUGAAGACAGAAUGGGAUGCCAAGGCUGGUCAUCCCGAUGCUAGUGCUCCGGCUUCGCAAGCAGAUGCUGCAGCAGUGCCCGGGCCGUCCCCGGCCAUGGCAUAUACGAUCAAGGACAAGAUCGAGCUUGCUUUCUUGGAGGCCGCCAAAGAGGCCCACAUUGGUGACAUGAUGGCGCGUUGGUUCCCGCACUCGCAGGAGGGCCAAACUGAAUUUGCCAAGGUCAUGCUGCAUUAUGUGGGCCUUCCGGAUGUGGCCAAGCAUGUGCAGUCCCACCGGGCGAUCAACCACGUUCCUACAGACUCCAAGACGGACUUUUGGCUGAAUCCCUGGAUGAUCGAUUACUCGCGCCAGUGUAAGUAUGGCCAGAGCUGCAAGUACCCGGACAUGUGCACACUACGUGUUCACUUUGUUUCGAUCCUCACCGCUGGCUUCGAAGCUUCGAGGGAGCCUCUGGACGUGAGGUUUCUUGCGGAGAAAGGGACCAUGCCCUUCGUGGACGGCAUCGAGAUUUUCAGUGUGAAACUGGUCGAUGGCUUUACGAAAAGCCUGUGUGUCCAGGCGAUCUUUGCGCUGAUGCACAAGCUGGAGGUGACACCGGAGGACUUGGCCGGGGACGAGAGCAUGGCAACGUGUGUGGCCUCGCUGAAGUAUCUUAAGGGCAACUUCAAGAGGCACGAUCGCGAGGAAGAGUACUUGUACGAUGCUCUUGCGCUCACCCAGCGGACGGGAGAGAAACAGCAGGCGAGUCCGAUGGAGUUGGUCAGUGUGUUCAGCGAGGCGAUUCGUUUGAAGAAGAGGUCCCUCGGAGCCAAAUCGACUCGUGACCUUCUCAACCUCUGCGUCCAGGAUUACAAUAAGGUUGUCGGGAAGGGGCAGAAGAUCAAGCAGGAGACUGUGAAGAUCAUCUACAACGUUGUCCGAUGCCCCUUGGUCUUCAAAGAAAGUUUGAUGACCAUGUACAGCGACUACCGGCACUUCAAUGCAGCUCUGACGUUGGACAACCUUGCUGGCGAUUUCUACGUCCCUGGGACCAACCUCGCGAAGACUGACAAGGGGAGAUGGCCAGAGAUCCUGGAGGUCACCGAGACUGCCACGAUCACUUGGGUGAAGCGGAAAUCAGCGCAGCUGGGCAAUGAUCAGCUGAAAGAGCUGAUGGAGAUGUGCUGUUUGUGGGAGUGGCUGACUCCGAUGAUGCAGCGAACCUUGGGCAGUGGCAGCCAGAAGCUGCUGGAUGCCUGGGAGAUGGGGACCCUGGAUAUGGAACUUCGUGGAGCUCUGAGAGUUCGGGAUCCAGCGUGGAACCCGGAGAAGAUGGGAUUCUUCUUGGAAGCUCGGGGAAACAUGCAACAUCAGUUCAUGGAGAAAGGGCAGGCAACUGUUCAGAAUGCUUUGCGUGUGGCAGAGAAGUCAGCCUUUGACUUGUUCCUGAGCCAGCUGCAGCAAGACCAGAGCUUCUUUCGAGCGCACCUUUUCUAUAUGAGUUUGCAUGAUGUGUGA